CAGAACAGACAACACGUACACAUCGAGGGACAUUCGUACGGAGUAAGCAAGAAUAGAAGGAGAGCGCAAAAUGUCAAAUGACAAGUGGUUCGAGAUGAACCAAAGCACCCAGAAGCUGAUCGGCGAACCACCGAAGCGCAAGUUUGUUCAGAUACGCUGGAGCUCCAUUCUGGCGGUCCCCACGCUCCCGUUGGUCGUGCUUUUCAUCCAAAGCAUCGUCUUCUUCUACUUGAACAGGCCUCAGGACAUCGUCAAAGAGUUGGGCGCGCUGGUAGCGACUUUGCCCAACAGCAUCCCGGACCGCAACUGCACCGACUUAGCCUGCCACUGGGCGGCCCUGCAGACCGCUUUAGCACAGCUGAAUGCAAGUCAUGCCGCGAUUUCCAACCACCUGGAGAAGGGUCAGACCGCACGCGCAAGGCUGAAGGCAGGUCAGGAGGCAGGUCAGAUGGCAUUGGCGGAGCUGAAGGCAGGUCAGGAGGCAGGUCAGAUGGCAUGGGAAGAGCUGAAGGCAGGUCAGACAGCAGGUAAGACCGCAUUGGCAGAGCUGAAGGCAGGUCAGGAGGCAGGUCAGACGGCAUUGGCGGAGCUGAAGGCAGGUCACGGCACCAUUUCCAGCGACCUGGAGAAGAGUCAGACCGCAUUGGCAGGUCAGGAGGCAGGUCAGACGGCAUUGGCAGAGCUGAAGGCAGGUCAGGAGGCAGGUCAGACGGCAUUGGCGGAGCUGAAGGCAGGUCACGGCACCAUUUCCAGCGACCUGGAGAAGACUCAGACCGCAUUGGCAGAGCUGAAGGCAGGUCAGACGGCAUUGGAGGCAGGUCAGGAGGCAGGUCAGACGGCAUUGGCAGAGCUGAAGGCAGGUCAGGAGGCAGGUCAGACCGCAUUGGCAGAGCUGAAGGCAAGUCACAACGCGGGUCAGAGCCUGCUGGCCAAAGCCUGGCAGGAGAUUAGCAGCGACAAAGGGCUUCUGAGUCAGACACUGAAAGACCUGAAGACGGACUACAACAGCAUGUCUCGGGCGCGCUCACAAGAGAACAAGGACUUGAGUUCGGCUUUGUCCAGCUUGCGGCAGAAGGUGGUGGAUCAGCCCACCCUUAACAGGGAACUCCAUGGUCUCAUGCCCAGAGACUGCAGUGACAUCAUGGCGGCGGGAAAGUCCACAAGUGAUGUCUAUACCAUCUUUACAGGGUCCAACAGCUUUGAGGCUUACUGCAACAGGUGGCAAGACGGGGGAGGCUGGACCGUGAUCCAGAGGAGAAAGGACGGCACCGUCGACUUCUCUCGGGGUUGGAACGACUUUCGAAAGGGCUUUGGACGCCUCUCCGGAGAGCACUGGCUCGGCCUGCAAAAUAUCCACGCUCUGACGGCCUCGGGCGAUUACCAGUUGCGGAUCGACUUCACCGCAUUCGACGGCGCCAAAUACUACGCUCUCUACAACACGUUCACGGUGGGCCGGAACUCGAUGGACCCCGACCUGGACGGCUACCCGCUGUAUGUGAGCGGCUACUCUGGAAACGCAGGCGAUCGUUUCACCCAGCAUUCUGGGGAGAUGUUCACGCCAUCUUUUAACCAUCUUGUGGCGUUCCAGAAAGUACAAAAACUGUGAGCAAGCAAGCAUUUCAUCAAAUAACGGACGAUAGAGUCCCCAAAUAUUGUUUCGAGGAUGUCAAUUUGUGAAUUGGACACUGCAUACUUUUGUGAAUUGUUUGGUGGUGCGCCAUGAGACUUUUCAAAGUAAAAUGUGUGCGGUUUGCGUAUGAAA